AUGUUGCUUACCCUUACCACGAACGACCCAUACCACGCGAACUACUGCACAGAAGAAGGCCAGGUGAUUUACAAGGUGGAAUCACCCUUCAAACUUGUUGGUCGAAAAGCAACAAUCGAUAAGAUUGUCCCAAAUGACACACCUGAGGGAGCGCAGGGCGAACCCGAUAUGCAGGAUAGAUUUACUCGUAUAGGCUUGGUCGAGUUCAACACAGUCACAUCAUCGAAGAUUACAUGGGAGAACGUUAUCCACGACACAAGCAAGUUCUUUCGCAAAGAAAGCAUGGGGUGGCUGGGAAGGGAUCGCAUAUUUACUGGCCCUGACGGAAAGGAAUACCGCUGGCUCUUGCGAAACUCAAAGCCAGAGCUCGUGCUAAACGACGACGAGCGGACAUUGGUAGCCAAGUACCACCAGAAGCACCACGGCGUAGUUCAAGAUCCCCGUCCUGCAUCCCUUGAGAUACUCCCCCCUGGAGAGCACAUGGUCGAUCUAAUUAUAGUCACACUCGUCUACAUAGAGCUCCUGCGGAGGAAUCGCGAACGAGCCGCGAAGAGCCCAUAA